UUAUUAGUAUUGUUUUGUUGUGUGAAUGUGUCCAAAGUUAGUGGAGGUGCUCCUGCUUGGGUGUGUGUGUGUGUGUGUGUGGGUGGGAGGGGACCACAGGCUAGUUACUUCCACUGAAGAGUGUUGUGGUUCGUGGAUCUGCUUUGAGCAUCAGUCGUCACAUCCAAAGUGGCCCCGGAACCAAGACUAAAGAAAAAUGUUUAAAUGAAGCGAACGGAGCCCAAAACUGGAUUUAAAGCAAUCAAGUGUGUUCGAAUGGAGGAAUCAUUCGCUGGGUCUUUUUUUCUCCUAUUUUUUUCUUUUUUUUUUAAAUGGAUUACAAAAGGAAUAUUCGGACAUUCGGGUGGAUUGGUCAUGAGCUGAAGGUAACAUCUUCACUUGUGUGAAACAGGAAGUGUAUGUGAGCAGCCAUGGGACACAGAGCUGCACUUCUGCUCAGUGAGCUGCUGCUGCUGCUGUUGCUGCAAACAGCCUCACGCACUCUCCUUGCAGUCAGCUUCCCUGAGGACAUUGCACCCCUGGAUGUCGUUGACGCACACUUUACUCGGAGGUACCCUGUUUUCAGAGGCAGGCCCUCUGGAAAUGAGUCGCAGCAUCGCCUCGACUUUCAGCUGAUGACCAAGAUACAAGACACGCUCUUCAUCGCUGGCAGAGAUCAGGUGUACCUUGUAAGUUUAAGAGAAUCCUACAGGAAUGAGAUCAUCCCAUACCGGAAGCUGACAUGGCGAUCAGGCCAGGCUGACAGGGAGAUGUGUGCUGUCAAAGGAAAACACAGGGAUGAAUGCCAUAACUUCAUCAAAGUGCUGGUUCCCAGAAAUGACGAUCUGGUCUUUAUAUGUGGCACCAAUGGCUUUAACCCCAUGUGCAGAUACUACAGGCUGGAUAACCUUGAGUUGGAUGGUGAGGAGAUCAACGGGUUGGCACGGUGCCCAUUUGACUCCAAGCAAACCAACGUUGCCCUUUUUGCAGAGGGGAAACUGUAUUCCGCCACGGUGGCUGACUUUCAGGCCAGUGAUUCUGUCAUUUAUCGCAGUAUGGGUGAUGGAUCUGCCCUGAGGACCAUCAAAUACGACUCCAAGUGGCUUAAAGAACCUCAUUUCCUGCACGCAGCCGAGUAUGGGAAUUAUGUGUACUUUUUCUACCGAGAGAUUGCAGUGGAGCACAGCAAUCUGGGCAAGGUGGUCUACUCUCGCGUCGCCCGCAUCUGCAAAAAUGACAUUGGUGGGUCACAGCGCGUUCUGGAAAAACAUUGGACAUCUUUCGUCAAGGCGAGACUGAACUGCUCCGUGCCGGGGGACUCCUUCUUCUACUUUGACGUGCUUCAAUCCAUCACUGACAUCAUCAACAUCAACGGUGUCCCGUCCGUUGUGGGUGUGUUCACCACACAGAUGAACAGUAUUCCAGGGUCAGCGGUGUGUGCUUUCUCCAUGGCCGACAUCGAGAAAGUCUUCCAUGGUCGAUUUAAAGAGCAGAAGACUGCUGACUCCAUAUGGACGCCAUUCCCAGAGGAGAAGCUACCUAAACCUCGACCCGGGUGCUGUGCAGGUUACGGUCCAGCUGCAUCCUUUAAGAGCUCCAUCGAGUUCCCGGAUGAAACCCUGCAGUUCAUCAAGUCCCACCCUCUAAUGGACACAGCUGUGCCUUCCAUUGGGGACGAGCCAUGGUAUACAAAGACGCGUGUCAGGUACAGGCUGACGGCACUGUCUGUGGACAACGAAGCAGGUCCGCACAAAAACUACACAGUGGUUUUUAUUGGUUCGGAGUCGGGUGUUGUUCUCAAAGUUCUGGCAAAGACCUCGUUCACGUCCCUGAAUGACAGUUUGCUUCUGGAGGAGAUAGACGUCUUCAACAAGGCCAAGUGCUUGUCUAACCAUGACGACGAUAAGCGCGUCUUGUCACUACACGUGGACAAAGACGCCCAUAGCCUGUAUGUUGCCUUUUCAAGUUGCGUCAUCCGAAUUCCCUUGAGUCGCUGUGAAAGGCAUUCUUCCUGCCACAAGUCAUGCAUUGCAUUACGUGAUCCCUAUUGUGGAUGGAGGCCUCAAGGAGCCUGUGAGAGGAUACAGCCUGGUCUUUUGACGGGCUAUGAGCAGGAUAUUGAAUUCGGAAACACUAACCACUUGGGAGACUGUCAGGCAUUUUUGGGCACUACAUCAGCACCAGAUUACAAAUCAUUUGGUGACCCUACCUCUGACAUGGAGUUUUCAUCAGCACCAGUCACUGUCCUGCCCAGUGGGCCCAUACCUCCCCCAGUUCUCAUUCCCACUCAGAGCCCCAGCUCUGGGACCGCUCCAGAGCUCUACGGCUCAGGCUUUGUGCUGCAGGAUGACCCAGCCACCUCUCAUUCUUUAGACUCUCUCCCAGGGGGGCAAGAGGGCGUCUGGGACAUCCAAGCAAGUGAAACCAGCCAGAUGGUCCACAUGAACAUCUUGAUUACCUGCGUUUUUGCUGCUUUUCUCAUGGGCGCCCUACUAGCAGGCUUGAUUGUGUUCUGCAAUCGAGAAUCAUUUAUGCGAAAGCAACGACGUGUCCACAAAGAUGCGGAAUCCGCGCCGUCCUGCUCGGACUCUGCCGGAAGCUUCGUCAAGCUCAACGGUCUCUUUGACAGCCCUGUAAAGGAGUACCAGACAAAUGUGGAUUCUCCUAAGCUGUAUACCAACCUGCUGAGUAAAGACCUGAAAACACCAAAUGGUGACACCAGGACCAUGAUCCUGCGGGAUGGUUGUCCGCCUCCCGAGUUGUCCGCUCUACCAACACCUGAUUCCACUCCUGUUCUUCAGCAAAAAGGCUUGCAGCCCAUCAAAAACCAGUGGGAGAGGGAUCACCGGAAGGUCAGCGGUCAUCGCAAAGAAUCCAACUCGACAGCCAAGAGUCCUCAGCUUCUUAUUCCUUCGCCGGGUCCUCCCAAGUCCAACUCCCAUCAUCCUCACCUGGCUUUGGGACAUUCGCACAUCCCCAGUGCUGUGGUCCUGCCCAACGCCACACAUGACCACCCAUAUUUGGACAGCGGCGAUGAUACUCUGCCACAUCCUUCUGACAAGAAGCACAAGAAUCCAGACGCGAAAGGAAGUAGGAAAGAGCAGAAGCGAUCGGUGGAUGCGAGGAAUACACUAAAUGACCUUUUAAAACAUCUCAAUGACUCGGUGGCCAACCCAAAGGCCAUUCUUCUGGAGGGAUCGGGGCCCCGCCCUCGGCAACACCUCACACUGGAACCCAUGGAGGAACUGACGGAAUUACCGCCCAGGGUGCCAAGUCGCGAGGCCUCUUUGUACUCUCCUUCCUCCUCCCUGCCUAGGCACAGCCCCACCAAGAGGGUGGACGUCCCCUUGACGUCUCCCACUCCCACCACACCAACGGGCAGCCUAAGCAUGGGGGGUACAUUGGAGAGGCCAAGAGGAGGAUAUCAGCUCCAACGGAGUGCAUCUCACAGGCACUCCUUGUCCACCUCAACCAACGGGGUGACUAUGGGCGUAUCUGUGUCUCGCCAACACAGUAUGAACAGAGGGGGUUACAUGCCUCCAACGCCCCCCUCCAGACUCGAUUCCCACAUGGGAAUGAUGGGGGCAGGCAUGCACUCUCCCAACCCUCCUUUAUCCCGACAGAGCAGCUACAGUGGGCAUGGCUCACUCCCUCGCACGGGACUUAAAAGGACCCCUUCGCUAAAGCCAGAUGUGCCCCCCAAACCAAAUGGCUUUUCACCACAGACUUCACAGAUGCGAGUGGUCAAUAAGUACAGCUAUUAGAAUAGCACGAACACUUUGUCGUAAGUUCUUUGCCUUGACAGAGCUUUGAGGCCAGAUGGCCUCGGCUACGGAUUGGGUUGACCCCUGUGUGUGUUUGUCUACAACCUGAAGUGUGUUCCCCUUUAAGUUAUAUGCACAUUGACUCAUACGUCAAUUAAAAGGGAAAAUCACAUACGCGGCCAAAGAUACUCCUCCGAUGUUUUUUCCAUCCUGCUUGUUAUAUUACAGUGGACGUCUGGGCUUUAUUUGGUGUCAGCCGUUUUCACAUUUAGGUACACGGAUUAGGACACCAGCAGCAGCCACCAACGUGUCUGUGUGUGAGAUACCAGGUUGGACAAAGUGAAAUACUUGAAGAAUGGGUCUCAUUUCUCACUGCCUUUGAGCGCUGUCUUCCCACUAAUGUGAAAUGAACAGAGAGGUAGGCCAGGCUUUUGUUAGGCAGCUGGAGAAGGGCAGCGAAAAGUAGGCAUAAUACAACUAUUAUUACGUUAGAGCUAAGACCAACACAGGCAGCAAAAAUACAAAAGAGUAAAUGGCGACCUGUGUUUUGACUGUUUACGUCAGCUGAUGGGAAAGAGGGUUGUGUGCUGGCAAAACAUAUGUAGAGCCUUUGCACUUCAAGAGCCGUGCCAUGCAGAUGAUGCACCUUAGAAUCCAUCUAAGACCUAAGUCACUACCUGGCUGAAAUGUGUUGCUUUAGUCUUUAUAUGACCUGAAUUUUAAACGAAGACUUAACCAGUUUAUGUCAAGUGCUUAAAGGUUGGGAAACUUUUAGAAUGGUCACAAAGUGUUCUAUACUGGGACAGGGACUCUUAACUCACUGGGAUAUCCUCCUCAAUACAUUUGCUGCUAUUGGUUUUAGACUAGCUACGUGUGUUUGAUGCAUUUAGUAGUGUACCAGAGUGGAAUGACCCUAGUAUGGGUAUGCACAUCUUUUCUUUUUUUUCUUUGAUUGCAAAGUGUAGCUAAUAGGUACCAUUUCAACAACAAGACACACUGUUAAAACAGAUAAAUUGCCAGAUCUCUAAUCUAUUCUUUCUUUUGUUUUUUGUUUUUUUUAUCAUACUGUUGGCGCCAGACUUUGUUUUAUGUAGCAGGAACGCAUAGUUGUCAUGCAAACAAUUUAUAACAUCACUGAUCUCUGUAGUAAAUUAAUUGGACAAUUCCUCCAAUACGGAAACAAAACCGUUAAAUAUGGUGGUUAGGUUGUUAGACUAACCUUAAAAUAUGUGAUCUAAUUUUGUUGUCUGUGUUGGUUUCAAACCCGUCUUGCCAUUACCGCCUCCUAUGAGUGGCCAGUGUACAAUCAACACUACAAUUACCAAUGUGUCCAGACAAGUCAUGCUGGGAAUGACAAGUUUGUGUAUAUACAUAAAUACUAUAAAUAAGAAGUAAGCAUAUUUUUAGGCAAGUGAACAUGAAUCUGUGUAUCGUGUGCCUUAUUCUCAAAAGUAUCUACCACAGUACAGUUCAAUAUUGGCAGUGUCAAGGGUUUUCAGUAUGUUAUUGUCAGUUGCAAUCUAAAUCGUUUUGUAGGCCAAAAAGUGUUAAAAAUUAACUACCUAAUGAUAAGGAAGACCCAUGAUCCACUAGUGAAUGGGUUAUAAACAAAAUGUUGAAAAGAAAGGGCGUUCCUGUUGUUGACUCUGUAUUAAUGCGCCACAUAGAGGUGCCAUGCGGUGAAUGUAUUUUUUGACAGUGGGAUGUAGGCUGUAUUUAGACCUUGCACUGUGGACCAGUCGGCUUAAAACAGCACAUCCUGCCCGCAGCCAACACAUUAAAACGGUUACAAUUGGUCACAGUUAUGCAGAAUCGCAACUUCAAUUCCGUUUUUAUUGGCCAGUUGGGAUGGUUUGAGGAAUGAUGUAACUUCACAGUCCACAUAGUUAACAAAACUUAACCUAGUGUCAGCUGCCUGUUUAGUCCAAAGCCACAUUUUGUUUACAAGUAAUGAUUGUAUGUAAAAACUUACUUCAAGCCUGCCAUCCAAGCAGUAUUUGGACUCUUUUUUUUUUUUUUUUUUUUGGGUGGGAGGAGGGCACUUGAAAUCUGACAUACACAA